CGCAGCUUGCCGAAGGCGGACGAUCGCCGUCGACCUCCGUCCAGUCCUGAGUCCUCAGCUCUCGGCCUCACCCUCAGGCAAGUGGCAAUUGGUCGGAUUGCUCUCGUGAAGAGACAAGUUUCACCUUGGCCAAAUCCGGACGGCAUCAGGAUCAGAUAAAACAGAGAGCCAAGCCAGUGGAGGUGAGUGGAUAAACAGGUAUCAUCACCUCCCACACAUUGCCAACUUUUGAUACUAUAUCCAUCCAUAUUUAUAACAUAGCUAUCUUGUGUAUUCAAGACAAACUGCUCCUCGCUGCUUCAUUGCGCACCGUUUGUGUUUCAAUUAUGUCGUUUUGGAGUUCAGGAGGCGUUUUAGCUUGAACUUUUGGUGGAGCCUUUUGAGGUGGCGUCGCCACCACCACUACUACCCUGGUUUGAGAGCAGCUGCUUCGCCUUCCAGCAGGCCGUUGAACCUUGAGCGUUUGGUGAAAAAGGAACAAGGCCAGCGUUACUGACUUGAGAAGAGAGGCUGCUCGGGGAAAAAGGUUACCCGCACCGUUUUCUCUGUUCCGUUCAUCAUCAGGAAGCCAAGAACCUGGGUCUAGACUUGUACAGGUUCUCUGAGAAAACGAGCCGACAAGAGCGUCAAUCUGAUAACUGCGACUGCUGAUAAGCACACCACGCCGUUCACCAAUUCUUUUUUCUUUUCCCUCCAAAUUCUCUCUCACAUAAAAGGGCUCGUCAGGUUAUCAACACACAAGUCAAGGUGAACAAGAUGAGUUCGCCACCGACAACGCGCCCCAUGUUCCCGCGCUCUGCAUUUCUUCUCCUCCAAGAUGAACCGCCAAUUGCGCCCAUGGGCCACGGGGCGCUGGCUUCGCUGAUCAGGAAUCGACCUGCAGCAGCAUUAGCAAACCCUUUGUCUUUUGGUGGCCGCGAUGAGGAAGAAGGCGCGACUGAAACGGUUGAAGAUGAGGCGCAUAGGCGAGAUGAGCGCCGCAUGAGUGCCAUCUUGAACAGCUCUCACAUGCGCAGCAUGCGCCUGAUCGGAAAUAGCAACCCACGAUAUCGAUGGGAAAAAUACUGGAAGACCCCAGAGGAGCUGGCCGCUAUGAAGAAGGAUAUACGCGAGUACUAUGAACGCGUCAACCUCCUGGUCCAACAGUAUCUCUACAUUGACCGCCUCCUGGACUCAUCUUUGCCUCAUGACCUGCUCAAUGAGUACAACAACAUGCCCGCAUCUGCCUUUCGCGGUGUCGAGAUACCCGCCACCAUCACGGAAAACUCACCAACCACGUCACGGGAGCCCGCGCGCAAGGUAAAGCGGACCCCAAAGGAUAUUUACCGGUCUACCGAGACGACUCCUCUACUUCAAAGCAACGGCGGGGCAGCUGUGGACGACGACGACGACUUUGAAAACGGAGGGCGUGCCAAGCCUGAAAUCCCAUGGCUUGAAGAUGACCUCGUCGACAGCGAUGCCCCCAUUGUCACCUUGGCUAUCUACAUCAAUUUUGCUGCCAAUGUUAUUCUCCUAGCUGGCAAAAUUGCCGUCAUCAUCAGCGUCCCGUCGGUUUCGGUGCUGGCCAGCUUGGUGGACGCGGUUCUUGACUUCAUCUCAACCGUCAUCGUAUGGGUGACCACGGUUCUCAUUCGCCAGCAGGAUCAAUAUCGAUAUCCGAUCGGAAGGCGGAGACUUGAGCCUUUGGGUGUUCUUGUCUUUUCCGUGAUCAUGAUUACUUCGUUCGUUCAAGUUGCUCUGGAGGCCAUCCAGCGUCUUCUUUCUCCCGAUCGUCACAUCAUUGAACUGGGAAAUGCUGCAAUUGGAAUCAUGUUUGGUACCAUUGUCAUCAAAGGGUUGUGCUGGCUUUGGUGUCGCAUGGUGAAGAACUCGAGCGUACAGGCCCUUGCGGCAGAUGCGAGUACAGAUGUGAUAUUCAACGCCGGAUCCAUUGCCUUCCCUAUUGUGGGCUAUUGGGCACGUGUAUGGUGGCUAGAUGCUCUCGGCGGCCUUUUGCUCUCCGGCGUUGUCAUUUAUAACUGGUCUCAAACAUCCUACGAACAUAUCCGCCACCUCUCGGGCUUUUCUGCUACCGCAGACCAGAGAAACAUUCUCCUCUACCUCACCAUGCGCUUCGCAAAAACCAUCAAGCAAAUCCAGGGCCUACAAGCCUACCAUGCCGGUGAUAAGCUCAACGUCGAGGUCGACAUCGUCCUCGACGCCAGCACUCCAUUGAAAGACAGCCACGACCUGAGCGAGAGCUUGCAAUACGUUCUGGAGUCGGUCCCCAUUGUUGACAGAGCGUUUGUCCAUGUCGACUACGCAACGUAUAAUCUUCCCACACACAUGCAGCAACAAGGGUCUUCUUAAGCUAUGACGAGACCUGGAGGUUACGUAUAACCAAGAGCGUUUAGCAGCUUGGUGGGUGAGUGCAUGGACAAUCUAAACACAUGAAUGUAAAAGCACAUGAUUGUGGGUGGGCCAUGCAGAUUGCUCUUGACCCAAACCCACUCGGAUUUAUUCAAGAGAUACCCAGUACAUACACCACCGACCUUGUUUGUUUGUCUAGCGUGUACUUCUGGUGGAGGAUUUCCAGAUCGUACCGAGAUGCUAAGACCACGGAUUUCUAGGGUUGAAUCGAGCUAUUCUUCACUAACCAGGGCCUUUUUCGAAUUUAUCUUUUUGACUGUGAUCGUUGAGAGAUAAAUUACUCGACUGGCGAUAUUGGCCUUGGCUGUGCCGUGCUAGACAAACAAACAGGGUUCAGUGGUGUAAAGUGGAACACGAAUCAUAGACACUGCCAAG